CCUGUCGGCUGUGCCGGGCGGCCGCCGCCAUGGAUUACCGCGCUGAGGUGAUGAGGCAGGCCGUGCCCGGGCAGUUCGAUGACGCGGAGUGCUCCGACGGUGACCUUGCAGAAGAUGCAGAAAUAAUUCAGGAAGAUGAGUUUGCUGAGAAGUGCCGGUCAAGCUUGUGCAAAGGGAUCAACGUGAAGGAAGGAGAUAGUGAUGAUGACAGUGUUGAUGAAGAGGAAGAAGAUGAUGAUGAUGAUGAUGAUGAUGACUGGGACUGGGAUGAUGAGAUGGGAAGACUCAUGAAUUGCCACACUGCUGCUGGAUGCAAUCAGCAGGCAAAUAGGCAGACCCCUAGUUGCUAUUCAGCAAAAAUGUCUACCCCUACAGACAAGGCUUUGAGGAAAUUUGAACAUAAAAUUAAUUUAGAUAAGCUGAAUUUUGAUGACUCUGUUAUAAACAGAGUCACAGAAAAGUCUAGACAGAAGGAAGCAGACAUGUGCCGAGUCAAAGAUAAGUCAGACAGAGCAACAGUAGAGCAAGUGUUGGACCCAAGGACCCGAAUGAUUCUGUUCAAGAUGCUGAGUAGAGGUGUCAUAUCAGAGAUCAAUGGCUGCAUCAGCACAGGGAAAGAAGCUAAUGUGUACCAUGCCAGUACUGCAAAUGGAGAGAACAGAGCAAUAAAGAUUUACAAAACCUCUAUUUUGAUGUUCAAGGAUCGGGAUAAGUAUGUGAGCGGUGAGUUCAGAUUUCGUCAUGGAUAUUGUAAAGGCAACCCAAGAAAAAUGGUGAAAACAUGGGCUGAAAAGGAAAUGAGGAAUUUAAUAAGGUUGAGUACAGCACAAAUACCUUGCCCAGAGCCAAUUAUGCUAAGAAGUCAUGUGCUUCUCAUGGGCUUUAUUGGUAAAGGAGAUAGGCCUGCUCCUCUGCUGAAGAAUGCUCAGUUAUCUGACUCAAAAGUCCGGGAGCUGUACCUGCAGAUCAUCCAGUACAUGAGAAGAAUGUACCAAGAUGCCAGACUUGUUCAUGCAGAUCUCAGUGAAUUCAAUAUGCUGUACCACAGUGGGGAUGUGUACAUCAUUGAUGUCUCCCAGGCAGUGGAGCAUGACCACCCGCAUGCACUGGAGUUUCUACGAAAGGAUUGUGCCAAUGUUAAUGGCUUUUUCCAAAAGCACAAUGUUGCAGUGAUGACUGUGAGGGAACUGUUUGAGUUUAUUACUGAUCCUUCUAUCACAAGUGAGAACAUUGAUGACUAUCUGUCAAAGGCAAUGGAAAUAGCAUCAAAAAGAACAGAGGAGGAGAGAUCCAGCCAAGAUAAAGUGGAUGAGGAAGUGUUCAAGAAGGCUUACAUACCUCGAACUUUGACUGAAGUUAAAAACUAUGAGAGAGAUGUGGAUAUAAUGAUGAAAUUGAAAGAAGAGGAUUUGGCAUUGUGUGUUCAGCAAGAUAAUAUUCUCUACCAGACCGUGACAGGAUUGAAGAAGGAUUUGUCUGGCGUUCAGAAGAUUCCUGCACUUCUAGAGAAGAAGACGGAUGAGUCAGAAACAGGCUCUGAUGAUGAUGGUGGCAGCUCAGAGGACUCUGAGUCAAGCUGUAAAGAAUUUCGGCAUCCCAAAGAUCUUCCUGCUGUAGCUACUAUGGAUAAAAAGGAGAGGAAAAAGAUGGUUAAAGAAGCCCAAAGAGAAAAGAGAAAAAACAAAGUCCCAAAGCAUGUGAAGAAGCGGAGAGAGAAGACUGCGAAAAUGAAGAAGGGCAAAUAAGAUCAACUUUGGCUUGGGGAAAGGACUGAUUUGUUUCUAGUUAAUGAGUCACUUUCUUUUAUAAUUAAAAAUCCUUUAUUUACGUCAUACAGUACUAACUGUGA